CUUCCCCGCCUCCUCCGUCUUUUCCUUUCGAUCAGCGGCCCGCAGCGAACAACAAGCUCAAGAACCUCGACGUUUUUCUCCUCCCCAUCGCAAGUCUGUUUCGAGGACUUCUUGAAACGACAACCGAGUGCGAUGCUGACAAUAAUCUUCCUGGCCGCGCUCGCCGGGCUCUCCAGAGCCAGCGAUGUGCUCGAAUUCACCGACGACGACUUUGAGAGCAGCAUUGAGAACCUCGAGCUCAUCCUCGUUGAAUUUUAUGCGCCAUGGUGCGGCCAUUGCAAGCGCCUCGCCCCCGAGUACGAGGCAGCGGCCACGCGUCUGAAAGGCAUCGUCCCCUUGGCGAAGGUUGACUGCACAGCUCACACCAAGACCUGCAGCAAAUACGGAGUCAACGGCUACCCCACCCUGAAGAUCUUCAGGGGCGGAGAAGUCUCUGGACCCUACGAUGGCCCCCGAUCUGCAGAUGGGAUUGUGACUUUCCUGAAGAAGCAAGCCGGCCCCGCCUCCGUGGAGAUCACCGCCGAGGCGGAAUUCGAGAAGUUCAUCGCCGAUAAAGACGCCAGCGUAGUCGGCUUCUUUGCCGACAAGCAGAGCCCCGCGUACGCCGAAUUCCAGAACGCCGCCAGAGACCUGAGGGAGAAUUACCGCUUCGCCCACACCAGCCUGGAGACGCUCCUCCAGAGCCAAGGCGUGGACGGAGAGGGCGUCAUUCUGUUCCGCCCGCCCAGACUCGGCAGCAAGUUUGAAGAUGCCUCGGUCAGAUUCAGCGAGGAGAAAUUCACCAAAAACAAGCUCAAGGCGUUCAUCAAGGACAGCGUCUUUGGAAUCUGCCCCCACAUGACUGAUGACAACAAAGACCAGCUGAGGGGGAAAGACCUGCUGGUGGCCUACUACGACGUGGAUUACGACAAAAAUCCUAAAGGCUCCAACUACUGGAGGAAUAGGGUGAUGAAGGUGGCAAAGAGCUUCUUGGACCAGGGCAAGGAGCUCGGCUUCGCCGUAGCCGGCAGGCAGUCGUUUGGCCACGACUUGGCCGAGUUUGGCUUGGAUGGCGCCCAGGGAGAGCUCCCCCUGGUGGCCCUCCGCACUGCCGCAGGAGACAAAUACGUCAUGACCGAGGAGUUUACUCGUGACGGAAAAGCUCUCGAGCGCUUCCUGCAGGACUACUUUGACGGCAAACUGAAGCGUUACCUCAAAUCGGAGCCCAUCCCGGAGAACAACGACGGACCCGUCAAGAUUUUGGUGGCAGAGAACUUUGACGCCAUCGUCAACGACGACGGCAAAGACGUGCUUAUCGAGUUCUACGCUCCCUGGUGCGGUCACUGCAAGAGCCUGGAGCCCAAAUACACGGAGCUCGGAGAGAAGCUUGCCAACGAUCCCAACGUGGUCAUUGCCAAGAUGGACGCCACGGCCAACGACGUGCCGUCGCCUUACGAAGUAGCCGGAUUCCCGACAAUCUAUUUUUCACCAGCCGGCAGUAAGAUGCAACCAAAGAAAUAUGAGGGAGGCCGCGAGGUGAGCGACUUUGUCUCCUACCUGAAGAGGGAGGCGUCCAACCCUUUGGUGAUGCAAGAGGAGCCCAAGAAGAAGAAGAAGAAGCAGCACGAUGAUGAGCUAUAAAAAAAAAAUUAAAAAAUAGUCUCCAGAUUUGGGAACUUGAUGUCCCCGCUGCAACUUAAUGCAAUUUUUUUUUUUUUUCCAAAGUGUUCAGGAGGAAUCAACGGGAGAGAAGUAAAUUAUAUUCCACUGUCUUGGUGAACUACAAAAUGCUCUGAAGCUAAGUUGAUACUGUGGAAGAUGUGGAGCCGUUUCUUUUAAGUGAAGAGGGUCCCCUUUUUCAAAAAUUUUUUAAACGUUUUUUUUUUGUUUGUUUGUUUAAAAAUGAGGAAAAAAAGCCCAUUGUCUACUCUGCACCUACGGCUGACAAUGCACUUGGGCCAUGCAUCAUUCCACAUCACCUGCCUCAGUUUUUGUUGUUGUUGUUGUCGUCACGGGUGGGGUUGGGGGGGUGUAGCGGCAACAGUGAAUGCCUUUUUGCUUGUCUGUUUUUGUACAUUAGGAAGGAUUGUGAAAUAAAAAGGCCCACAAAACC